AUGGAGCAUGGAGGGACUUGGCACAUGGAAGCAGCUCAACUGGACACGCAAAGGAAGAAGGGAGAAGCCAUCUUGAAGACCAGCUCGACCGUCUACUCGACCAACCGGUCGAGUUCCUCAACUCGACCGGCCAAGCUUCAACUCGAUCGAGCUGGAGUCAAAGUGUAUGCGAACUCGAUCGAGUCGGUCUACAGAAGACUUGGUCGAGCUAGACUUACAACGGGUAGAAAGAGGGUUCAGAGGUCACAGAGGGUACAAGAGGAACCUGAGGUGCUUGUUGCUGAUACAAUGGAUGUACCAGAGGGGAAUGGAAACCCUUUGGGAAUGGACUCGGUCGAGCUAGGCAAACUCGACCGAUUGGUCAAGGAGAUGCUCCAAACCGCCACCAACAGAGACAAGGGAUUGUUCCACCACCAGUGCAGAACCACAACUUUGAGAUCAAGCUGGGAAUGA